AUGAAGAAGCAGUUCAACCGGAUGAAGCAGCUGGCCAACCAGACCGUCGGCAGGGCUGAGAAAACAGAGGUACUCAGUGAAGACCUGUUGCAGAUCGAGAGACGUCUUGACACUGUGAGAUCUGUUUGCCACAUUGCACAGAAGCGAUUAAUUGCGUGUUUUCAGGGCCAGCAUGGUACAGAUCCUGAUAAGAGACAUAAAAAACUCCCUCUAACAGCCCUUGCUCAAAAUAUGCAAGAAGGAUCUGUCCAGCUAAGUGAUGAAACUCUGUUGGGGAAAAUGCUGGAUACAUGUGGUGAUGCAGAGAAUAAACUGGCAAUGGAGCUCUCUCAGCAUGAAGUACAGAUCGAAAGAGAAGUUUUAGAUCCACUAUGUCUACUAACAGAGACAGAGAUCCCGAACAUUCAGAAGCAGAGGAAACAGCUUGCAAAGCUGGUGUUGGACUGGGAUUCUGCAAGAGGAAGAUAUAACCAAGCCCAGAAGACUUCAGGAGCAAAUUUUCAAGUGCAUCCUUCAAAAAUAGAAUCUCUUAAGGAAGAGAUGGAUGAAGCUGGAAAUAAAGUAGAACAAUGCAAGGAUCAACUAGCAGCAGACAUGUAUAACUUUGUGUCCAAAGAAGGGGAAUAUGCUAGAUGUUUUGUUAUGUUAUUAGAAGCACAAGCAGAUUACCAUAGAAAAGCAUUAGCAGUCAUAGAAAAGGUCCUACCCGAAAUUCAAGCCCAUCAAGACAAAUGGACUGAAAAACCAGCUUUUGGAACUCCAUUAGAAGAGCACCUCAAGCGCAGUGGCCGUGAAAUUGCAGUCCCUAUUGAAGCCUGUGUAAUGAUGCUUUUGGAAACGGGAAUGAGAGAGGAGGGCUUAUUCAGAAUUGCUGCUGGAGCCUCCAAGUUAAAAAAGCUGAAAGCUGCCUUGGACUGUUCAACUUCCCAGCUUGACGAAUUUUAUUCUGAUCCCCAUGCUGUUGCAGGUGCCUUGAAAUCCUACUUGCGAGAGUUGCCAGAACCUUUAAUGACCUACAGUCUAUAUGAAGAAUGGACACAAGCUGCAAAUAUUCAGGACCAGGAUAAGAAGCUACAAGAGUUAUGGAGAAUUUGUAACAGAUUACCUAAGCAUUAUCAUGCUAAUUUCCGGUAUUUAAUCAAAUUUUUAGCAAAGCUUGCACAGAACAGCGAUGUUAACAAAAUGACACCCAGCAAUGUUGCAAUAGUCUUGGGGCCCAACUUGUUAUGGGCAAAGAAUGAAGGAUCCCUUGCUGAAAUGGCAGCAGCAACUUCAGUCCAUGUGGUAGCAGUUAUUGAGCCAAUUAUUCAACAUGCAGAUUGGUUCUUCCCUGGAGAUCAAGAUUUCAAUGUGUCUGGGGCAUUUGUUGCAAUUCCUGCUGUUAAUUCAAAUCACUUGUCACACACUGGGAGUGAAUAUGAAUCUGGGACACUGGAACGGAAGAGGCCUGUUAGUAUGACUGUAAUGGAAGGGGAUUUAUUGAAGAAGGAAAGCUUUGGUGUCAAGGUUAUGGACUUCCAAGCGAAUCCUCGGAGAUGUGGCACUAUAAAUAGAAAGCACACAUCCCCUGCUUUCCAGCCACCACUUCCACCCACGGAGGCUGGCGUGCUGGCUCAUUCUGGAGCGGAGCAGCACUCACAAGCUUCUGUGGCUGAAACAAGCCCAGUGGGUGCUGGUUUUGCUCUCUCUGCUGGCACAGCAGAACAGUUACAAAGUCAAGGAAAUGAGGAUGUCAGUACGUCAAAAUCUAAGGACAACACGUCUUCAGCUACUCCUCCACCUGUGAGAAAUGGCGGGCAUGCGGGCACUGUCCAGAACCAGUCAACAAGCAGCACUAAUCAGCUUUCUGUUAAUCAGCCACAGAAUGCAGCAGGUCCCAGUCCCCAUUCAAUGAGGAGAGCUGUUAAGAAGCCUGCGCCGGCCCCUCCCAAGCCAGCCAACCCACCGCCGGGGCAGCCAGGAAGCCAAAGUUCUGCCCCAGCUCUUCAGCCACCUUCUGUCUCUCCAAAACCACCUGCUAGAAGUUCUUCUCCUCCUGCUCAAAAUGCAAACCAAGGAGCAGCUCAGACCUCCACUUCCCAGGUUUCUGCACCUCGGAGAUACUCCAGCAGCCUUUCCCCAAUACAAGCUCCCAGCCAUCCACCACCACAGCCCCCAACACAGGCUACUCCUCCACUGCAGCCCAAAUCAAACAGUCAAGCGUCUCCUCCUGCUGCACCCAGCAGUGAGCAUGGACCAGAGCAGCCCUGUUACACUCCUCCGCAGACUCCAACACCACCUGACACCCCCCCUCUAGGAAAACAUAAUGCUAGUUCCCCAUCGUCACAGCCAUCUACUCAAGAAACCUCCCAGUCUCCCUCUCCACCUCAGAGUGGGACGCUGCCGAGGCCGCGGCCAGUACCAAAACCCAGAAAUAGACCUAGUGUUCCCCCUCCGCCUCAUCCUCCUUCUCAGCUGGCUGGAGAUGGGAUUAUUGCAAAUCCCACGCAAACAGCUUCCAAAAUAGUAACAGGUGGGGAAGGUUACUGCGAAUAAGACUCUAAUUCCAGUGUUCAAGAACCACUUCAAAACCCUU